GUGACGUCUUUUGCGCGAGCCGAGGCUGUCCGGAGUGGCUGUGGAGGCUGGGAGUCCUGGACCGCGUCCCCUCUCAUGCCACUGUUAGGAGCCGAGCAGGGACGGACAGUAACGAGGAUAGGCUCUCACCCUGUGGCGUUAUUACGAUCCAUGGUGUCCGUCGUGGGACGGGCCGCCUUGCGCGGAGGUGUCGGCCGGGGCUGCGCGCUUUCCGAGGCCUUCGUCCCGGCUCUCUGGCCUCGUCCGCCUCCCGAGAUGGCACCCUGAUCCUUGUGCGCGUUUCUACAAGGGGGAGACUGGGGCUGGGAGGGCGACAGUCAUCCUGAGGUCACCGCCCAUUGUGCGUGUGGGGGUUCGGCUCUUCUCACAGAACCCGCUCCGUUCCCCGGCUCCUCAACCCUCUUCUGCUCACAGGAUCCCAUGGCGGCCGCGGGGCUCAUGGACCGGGCUCAGGGCUGUGUGGCCUUUGAGGACGUGUUCGUGUACUUCUCCCGGGAGGAGUGGGAGCUCCUUGAGGAAGCUCAGAGACUCCUGUACCGAGACGUGAUGCUGGAGAACUUUGCACUUGUGUCAUCGUUGGGUUGUUGGUGUGAAGCAGACUAUGAGGAGGCCCCUUCUGAGCAGAGCACUUUUGUAGAAGGAGUGUCACAGUUCAGGACUCCCGAGGCAUUCCCAUUUAUCCAGAAAGCCCACCCAUGUGAGAUAUGUGACCCCCUCUUGAAAGACAUUUGGCACCUGGCUGGACAGCAGGGAUCAUGCCCUGCACAGAAACUGUACACGUGGGACCCCUGUGGACGAGGAUUCUUGUGCAGUGACAGCUUGUAUCACCACCAGCAGCAAUAUACCAGGAAGGAUCCCGUCCAAGGGGAUGAUCAUGGGGCCUCAUUUGGGAAGCACUGUGCUGUCCAUACUUUAGGGAGACCCUGGACUUGGAUGGAGGCAGGGCUGGACUUCCCGGCUAGCUCUGGCCUCUUCCAGGACCAAAACAUUCACAACGGAACAAGUCCAUGCAAAGGAGCUGCAUUUGUGGCGUCUUUUCCACACAGCCCUGGGCUCGGGCAGCAGCAGGGAGACCGUGAUGUACUGAUGCUUUUCGGAUACAGUGAUGACAGGAAAGCCUUCCUGAACACUUUCCCUCUGCUUGGCAAGCAGAUGACUCAUGGUGAAGUGAGAGACUUUAGGUGCCUUCCAUGUGGGAAUAUGUCCAAGGAGAAGUCAGCUCUUAUUCAUCACAGAAAAAUUCAUAGUGGAGAAGCAUCCCAUGCAUGUAGGGAGUGUGGAAAGGCCUUCAUUCAGCUGUCUCACCUAAAAAUGCACCAGAAAUUUCACAAUGGAGAAAGACAUUAUACUUGCAAUGAAUGUGGGAAGGCCUUCAGCCGCAAAGACACACUUAUUCAGCACCAGAGGGUUCACACAGGAGAAAGGUCUUAUGACUGCAGUGAAUGUGGUAAAGCCUACAGUAGAAGCUCCCACCUUGUUCAGCACCAGAGAAUUCACACUGGAGAAAGGCCUUAUAAGUGCAGUGAAUGUGGAAAAGCCUUUAGCCGUAAAGACACACUUGUUCAGCACCAGAGAUUUCAUACUGGAGAAAGGCCUUAUGAGUGUAGUGAAUGUGGGAAAUUCUUCAGCCAAAGCUCCCACCUUAUUGAGCACUGGAGAAUUCACACUGGGGCAAGGCCUUAUGAGUGCAUUGAAUGUGGAAAAUUCUUUAGCCAUAACUCUAGCCUCAUUAAACAUCGGAGAGUCCACACUGGAACAAAGUCUUAUGUUUGUGGCAAAUGCGGGAAGGCUUUUGGCUGCAAAGACACACUUGUUCAGCACCAGAUAAUUCACACUGGAGCAAGGCCUUAUGAGUGCAGUGAGUGUGGAAAGGCCUUCAGCCGUAAAGACACACUAGUGCAGCACCAGAAAAUCCACACUGGAGAAAGACCUUAUGAGUGUGGUGAGUGUGGGAAAUUUUUCAGCCAUAGCUCUAAUCUCAUUGUUCACCAGAGAAUUCAUACUGGAGCGAAACCUUAUGAGUGCAGAGAAUGUGGGAAAUGCUUUAGCCACAAUUCCAGCCUCAUUCUACACCAGCGAGUUCACAGUGGAGCAAGGCCUUAUGUGUGCAGUGAAUGUGGAAAAGCCUACAUUAGUAGCUCUCACCUUGUUCAGCACAAGAAAGUUCACACUGGAGCAAGACCUUAUGAAUGCGGUGAAUGUGGGAAAUUCUUUAGCCGCAACUCCAGCCUCAUUCUACACCAGAGAGUUCACACUGGUGAAAAGCCUUACGUGUGCACUGAAUGUGGGAAAGCCUAUAGCAGAAGCUCCCAUCUUGUUCGGCACCAGAAAGUUCACACUGGAGAAGGGCCUCAUGAAUGCAACAAUUUUGGUGGCCCUUUAGCUACAUCUCUUAAGCUUAUUUAGCACCCCAGAAGUUCACACCAGACACUGGCUUUAUGAAUGCAGAAAAUGUGCUGUGUCCUGUGCAAGAAAAUAGGAAUCACACCAGAGAAGCUCUGUGCGUGCCCUUUGUAAGGGAGCCAGCAGCCAGCAGGUCAAGCUGCUACAAGGGUACAUUCAUCCUGGGGAGAUUCCCAGUAAGCACUACGGAGGUGAGAAGGUUUCCUGAGGUGCACUGACUUUCUGAACUGCCCAGGGCUCUUGACAGAGUUCUGUCCCUGCCAGUGCCUAUGGCGAAAGCCACCUCCUUGCUGCCAGCUGGUAAGUCCCCGGUGUCUGUCUCUUACUCCAGUAUGCUCAGGAAGGGUGGACCCUGUGCUCUCUCCCCUCUUCCUGGGAGGGGGUCAUGAAUGUUCUGAGCCCACUGAACCUCCUCUCUUCCUGCCCCAUGACUGGUUCUGAGUGACCAUGUUUAGCUCUGGCUGAAAGGAUCUGAACUACAGUCUGCUGGGGAUUUCCAGACAAGUUUUCCCUUCUUCCCGGACAGUAUUGACUGUAAUGUGACAGCUGUGACUGACUUCUCUGGCUUCCAAGUCGCCCACCUUUGGACCUCCCUGCCCCUGCUCCUCUGGUUUGUGCAGGGAGAAGAGCCCGUGUGGCCGUCUUUCCUCUUGGAUCCGGUCACCGUGUGUAACGGAUUGAGAAACGUUGUGUUCUGCUGCCAUGAAGGGAGGAACACCUAUGGUUGACAUCAACUGUAUGUGCCUCAGAAGGGACAGCUGGGUGGCAGGGGACAGCUCUCAGUCUAGUUUGCAUUGUUGGCCCAGGCUUGCUCAAAGAGACUGAGGAGCUUUGUGUGCCAAAUCCUGUGACCUGGAAGUCAGGAUUUCUGUGAGCCUGAGGAGGGCAUAGUUGGUGUGAAAACCUUCUGGAAGCAGCA